AUGUUAAAACGAAACGACCUCCUCUCCUCCGGCCGUUUCAAAAUCGACUCCCACUCGAAGAUCGGUUCCGGACAAUUCGCGGAGGUAUACUCCGCCGUGGAUAUCACCGGCGGCGGCGAAGAGAACGCGACAAAAUCCGGUCGCUUUUGCGCGAUCAAAAUCGAAUCGGAAAUGAAAACGACGAAACGAGAAGCGAUGGCGAUGAGGAAUUUACUAGGUGGGAAAGGCAUCGUGGAGAUUUACGAGGAAGGGGUUUUUGAGACGAAGAGAGGGAAGGAACAUCCGUUCAUCGCGAUGCAGUUGGUUGGUGAGAACCUGGCGGAUUUGAAGAGGGAAAUUGAGUUGAAUUCGUCCAAUUCGGUUGAAGAAGAUUCGAGGGGCGGCGGUAGCGGCGGCGCGGGAACGACGACGACACCAAAAACGUCUACUUCGGAAACGAAACAACAACAACAACAGCAACAACAGCGACCGUUAUUUUCGGAAAUCACCAUCGCGCGAAUCGCGGCGCAAACGAUAGACGCAUUAGGGUACACGCAUUUAAAAGGAUACGUGCACAGAGACGUGAAACCGGGGAACAUUUGCAUCGGGCGAGGUUCGCGAGCCGAGAGAGCGAAGACGUAUCUCAUCGAUUUCGGGUUAGCGAGACGGUAUAAGGACGAAACGACGGAUAAAGUGAUCGCGGAAAGAGAGGACGCGCAGUUUAGAGGCACUACGACGUACGCGAGCGCGAACGCGAUGGAAAAUCGAGAGCAAAGUCCCCGAGAUGAUUUGUUUUCUUUGUUAUACAUUUUAGUCGAGUUGUAUUGCGGAUCGUUGCCGUGGAAAAGAACGAUGGCGGUCGGAGUGGACGAGAGCGAAGAUGCGAAUUAUAAAGUCAUGGCGAGGGAGAAAAAAUUGAGUUGCAAGGAAGUGCCGAACUAUUUGUGCGAGUUAGCCGUUCGCGAAGAUAGGAAACAGUUGCCGAAAGCGUUGGUGGGAUUUUCCAGGACGAUUUCGCAGUUGAAGUACGGCGAAGUGCCGGAUUACGACCGGUUGAAGGGUUUGUUCACCGAGUGGGAGGAGAAGUUGUUGAACGGGAGGAAAAGUGGGGAAGUGAGAAUGGAUUGGGACCGAGAAGUGGCGGUGAAACAACCCUCGGCGGUUGCUCCGAUACCGACGACUCAAAAUGCUACCGCUGAUUACAACAACAACAACAACAACAACAACAACAACAACGAAAGAAAACGCGAGCGGUCGCCGGAGUAUAACUUAAAUACCGGAGCGGAUCCGUACCAUCCACAACAACAAUACAAACGACCAAACAUCACCAAUUCACCGACGCCUCGACCAACGACGACGACAACGACAACUCCACCAAACCAACAACCGUACGACAUCCAGCCUUCCCGUCGCGCCGCAUCGCUCGUCCAAGCGUUGCUCGAAAACCCGCCGUUACCUCCAAACAUCAACCACGUCAUCGAAACUUUCCGAAACAUGUCCGCUGAAGAGGUUGUCGCCGGCAUCGCCGCCACGUGCAUCAUAAUCGCCGAAACCGCGGAGAGUAGUUCUCGAAACGUGGACGCUAUCGACGCGUUUCUACGAGACGCCAGGGACUGCAUCGAGCUCGCCCGGGCGAAGAUGAUGACGAUAGCUUCGUCGACCUCCGCAGGAGGAGGAGGACAAGGAGGAGGAAUGAUGUACAACGCCAACGCCAAAAAUGUAGCGCCGCCGCCGCAGCAGAAUUAUCAGCAGCACCGGCCACAGCAGCAACAACAACAACAACAGUGGAAUUAUAACGACCGCAGAGCCGGUCGAUGA